AUGGGUAUCUGGGACACCCUAAAGGAUACGGCCGUCUCCCAAUACAACAUGGCCCGGGGCAGAUAUAAGUACAGCCCCCUCGCGAACCGCAACCCGGCGAGGGAGGCCCAGGAGGCUCUCGGCUUCUGGUCAAACCGCCAUCGCACAGUCCUGAAGUGCACAAUGGCUGCCCUGGCACUGCUUGUCUUGUACCACCUGGCCACCGCGACUGCUCGCGUGGUGAGGGCCGUCAACGACUCCAGCUGCGACACCGUCGCCAACGGCUUCCAGUGCUCGCCUGAUGUCUCUCACUUCUGGGGCCAGUACAGCCCUUACUUUGCUGUGCCCUCCGAGGUCGACAACGCCGUCCCGGACCAGUGCACCCUCACCUUUGCCCAGAUUCUCAGCCGCCAUGGCGCGCGCGAUCCCACCGCCGGCAAGACCGCCGUGUACAACGCGACGAUCCAGCGCAUCCAGAGCAGCGUGUCCAGCUAUGGUGCCGGCUACGAGUUCAUCAAGGACUAUGUCUACACGCUGGGUGCCGACCAGCUCACCACCUUUGGCCAGCAGGAGCUGGUCAACUCGGGCACCAAGUUCUAUGAGCGGUACGCGGCCCUGACGAGGGCCGGCAUCCCCUUCGUGCGCUCCUCGGGCCAGGACAGGGUCGUCGAGUCAGCGCAGAACUGGACCCAGGGGUUCCACCAGGCCCGUCUGGCCGACGCGGAGGCGGACGGCCGCCCCGACACCUUCCCUUAUGAUAUCGUGACCAUCUCCGAGGAGGAUGGCAUGAACAACACCCUCAACCACGAGCUGUGCACGGCGUUUGAGGAUGGCCCGGUCUCCGAGAUCAAGGACAACGCAAAGAGCCUCUGGAUGGACGUCUUCACACGAAACAUCACCGCCCGGCUGAACGCGAACCUGCCCGGCGCGAAUCUGUCGGCAACAGACACGAUAUCCAUGAUGGACCUGUGCCCCUUCAACACGGUCGCCGACGAGAACGGCAAGCUGUCGGACUUCUGCGGGCUCUUCACGGCCGACGAGUGGCGGAGCUACGACUACCUGCAGACGCUGGACAAGUGGUACGGCUACGCCAACGGGAACCCGCUGGGGCCGACCCAGGGCGUGGGCUUCACCAACGAGCUCAUCGCCCGGCUGACGGGCCAGCCCGUGGUCGACAGCACCACCACCAACAGCACGCUGGACGGCAACCCGGCCACCUUCCCGCUCAACAGGACCCUCUACGCCGACUUCAGCCACGACAACGACAUGACGGCCAUCUACUCGGCGCUGGGCCUGUACAACGCCACCGCCCAGCUGUCCAACACGACGCGCCAGGACGCCGAGCAGACGGGGGGCUACGCGGCGUCGUGGACGGUGCCGUUCGGCGCGCGCAUGUACGUCGAGAAGAUGACGUGCCAGGACGCCGGGGACGAGGAGCUCGUCCGUGUCCUGAUCAACGACCGGGUCACGCCCCUUCAGGGCUGCGGCGCCGACGAGCUGGGCCGGUGCACGCUUAGCAAAUUCGUCGACAGCCUGAGCUUCGCGAGGGGUGGUGGGCACUGGGCCUCGUGCUUCACGUAG